CUCGAGUUGAACAAAUUGAAAUCCCCAAAGAUUCAAGUCGAUCGCAACAAUGGUCAAAUCAUACUUAAAGUAUGAGCAUGCGAAAUCGUUCGGUCUUGUAAUCUCCAGCACCUCGAAUAUCCUCUGGACCCAACAAAGCCGCUCCAGUACGGGCUCCGGCCAAGCAGUCGUCGCCGCGAACGCGGAGUUAUUAUGUUGGGAUAUAAAAACCAGUGAUAUAGUCGAAAGAUGGAGAGACGAGAAGAGUUCCGCCCAAGUGACUGCCAUUGCGCAGAGUAGGGUCAACGAGGAUCUAUUCGCUGCAGGCUACGAAGAUGGUAGUGUUCGAAUAUGGCGAAGCAAGGACCCGAGUCCCUUUAUCACCUUCAACGGGCACCGUUCGGCGAUUACUGUCCUAGCGUUCGACCGAUCCGGCGUCAGACUUGCGAGCGGCUCGAGAGACACCAACGUAAUUGUCUGGGAUCUAGUAGCAGAAGUUGGGCAGUUCAAACUCCGAGGACACAAGGACCAAAUCACGGGUCUACAGUUUGUAGAACCGCAAGAGGAGGUUGCAGAAGGAGAAGACUCUGAGGCUAUGGUUCUCGAUGGCGCAGGCGACACUUCAUCUGAGGGUUUCUUGCUUACCACCGGAAAGGAUGCGCUAAUUAAGCUCUGGGAUCUGGAGUCAAGGCACUGCAUCGAAACACAUAUCGCGCAAACGAACGGUGAAUGCUGGGCCCUCGGAGUUUCUCCAGAUUAUAGUGGUUGCAUAACGGCAGGAAAUGCUGGCGAACUAAGGGUCUGGGCCCUCGAUGCUACUUCACUAGCUGCCUCAAGACAACAAGUCGAUAUGCCUGCAAAUAUGCAAUAUCUACGAGACCGAGGGACGUUAUUCCGAAACGGAAAAGAUAAAGCCACGGAAGUUAUUUUCCAUCCUCGCCGAGAUUACUUCGCUGUACAUGGAUCGGAGAAAUCUGUUGAAAUAUGGAGGAUACGAACAGAGGCCGAGAUUAAAAAGAGCAUAGCGAGAAAGAAGAGAAGAAGACGAGAAAAACUCAAGCAAAAGAAAGAGGGCGACGCAAAUGGCGACACUGAAGUGGAUGGAGACGAUGACCAGGAUGGGGACAUUAGUAGCGCCGACAUAACCGAUGCCUUUGCACAACACUUAAUCAUUCGAACGGGUGGAAAAGUGAAAUCAGUCGAUUGGGCCGAUACGCGAGUCAAGAAGAAGCUUCAAUUGCUAGUCGGCACAACCAAUAACCAACUAGAAUUGUUUGAUAUGCCGCUAAAGGAAAAGAGCAAGAAAUCAAAAGAAGAGGAUGUUCCCGACUACGAGAGAGCCCUAUCAAUCGAAAUUCCUGGCCACCGGGCGGAUAUCCGAUCCUUAGCCCUGAGUUCCGACGAUAAGUGGCUUGCAUCUGCAUCCAAUGGAAGCCUCAAGAUUUGGUCAAUGUUAACACAAAAGUGCGGCAAGACCUUAGAGUGUGGAUACGCAUUAUGCAGUGCGUUUUUGCCCGGAGAUAAGCUCGUCGUUGUUGGCACGAAAGGUGGCGAGAUCGAAUUAUUCGAAUUAGCCACUGGUACCCUACUCGACAGCGUCAGUGCUCACGAAGGAGCAAUUUGGUCGUUGCAGCUUCACCCGGACGGCAGGUCGAUAGUGUCGGGGAGCGCCGACAAAUCAGCCAAAUUCUGGAAGGUCCAGGUGGUACAAGAGGAAGUCCUCGGAACAACUCGGACGACCUCGCGCUUAAAAUUGGCACACUCACGGACACUAAAAGUCUCAGAUGAUAUCCUAAGUCUCAAGUUCUCGCCAGAUGCAAGGUUAUUGGCUGUUGCACUACUAGAUAGCACCGUGAAGGUGUUUUUCGUGGAUUCCCUCAAGCUAUAUCUCAAUCUAUACGGUCACAAAUUGCCCGUGUUAGACAUGGAUAUAUCAUACGACAGCAAGUUGAUAGUUACGUGUUCGGCGGAUAAGAAUAUUAGGAUAUGGGGUCUUGACUUUGGUGACUGCCAUAAAGCGUUAUUGGGACACCAGGACAGUAUUCUUCAGGUCAAAUUUCUUCCAAACAACCGGGAAGGAAAUGGUCAUCAUUUUUUCAGCGCUAGCAAGGACCGGACAAUCAAAUAUUGGGAUGGUGACAAAUUCGAGCAAAUACAGCGACUUGAUGGUCACCACGGGGAAAUCUGGGCUCUAGCGAUUAGUCAAAGCAGUGAACCCCCCUUCAUCGUCAGCGCUAGUCACGAUAAGAGUAUCCGAGUGUGGGAAGAAACAGAUGAGCAAAUAUUCCUUGAGGAAGAAAGAGAAAAGGAGAUCGAGGAAUUAUAUGAAAGCACAUUGACGCAUUCUCUAGAACAAGAUGCUGAUGCGGAAGACGAAAAUGGAGAAAUCGGAGCUGCAACGAAACAGACUUCAGAAACAUUGAACCAUGGUGAACGGAUAGCAGAGGCCUUAGAGCUGGGCAUGGCCGAUUUGCACGUCAUGAAGGAAUGGGAAGAAGCCAAAGCUUCCAAUCCGAACAUCGCGCCACCUCAACGCGAUCCGAUGUUCAUGGCGCAUGGCGGAAUCAGUGCUGAAGAAUACGUAAUGAAGAUCUUUCAGAGACCAGCGGCCGCUGCGCUUAACGAUGCGCUGCUCGUCCUCCCAUUCGCUUCAGUUCCUAUACUUUUCACCUUCCUCAAUCUCUUCGCCAUGAGGUCGAUGAAUAUUCCUUUAACAUGUCGAGUCCUAUUCUUCAUGCUAAAGACCCACCACCGCCAAAUAGUAGCUAGCAGGACGAUGCGAGUUAUGCUAGAUGGGAUUCGGUCAAAUUUGCGGAAGGCUCUGCAAAGGCAAAAGGACGAGAUGGGAUACAACAUAGCAGCGCUCAAGAUAGCGGGGAUGCAAAUCCAAGAUAAGGGUAUCAAGGAGUAUGUGGAUGAGAAUUGGGAUGACGGCACCGGCGCACAAAAUAUUAAAAAGCGAACAUUCGUUCACGUAUCUUGAUAUACGGUUAGACUUUACAUACUUCCGAGUACCGUAUUUGUAUAAAAAUAGAAGCCUGUAAAUCUUAUACCAUCUAAAUCUAGCCCGUUGAACCAAUGAUAUCAUCACUA